AUGAAGAUGAAACUGAACAUCUGCAACAUGCAGUUGCUGCUUCUUGUUUUCUUGGUGUGGGACCCAGCCAGGUUGGUGCUGGCUAACAUCCAAGAAGAUGAGGCUAAAAAUAACAUUACCAUCUUUACAAGAAUUCUAGACAGACUUCUGGAUGGUUACGAUAAUCGGCUUAGACCAGGACUUGGAGACAGUAUUACUGAAGUCUUCACUAACAUCUAUGUGACCAGUUUUGGCCCUGUCUCAGAUACAGAUAUGGAAUAUACAAUAGAUGUUUUCUUUCGACAAAAAUGGAAAGAUGAACGGUUAAAAUUUAAAGGUCCUAUGAACAUCCUUCGACUUAACAAUUUAAUGGCCAGCAAAAUCUGGACGCCAGAUACCUUCUUCCACAAUGGGAAAAAAUCAGUAGCACAUAAUAUGACAAUGCCAAACAAGCUUCUUCGAAUCCAGGAUGAUGGGACUCUGCUAUACACAAUGAGGCUUACAGUUCAAGCUGAAUGUCCAAUGCACUUGGAGGAUUUUCCAAUGGAUGCCCACUCAUGUCCUCUGAAAUUUGGCAGCUAUGCAUAUACAACCUCGGAGGUCACUUACAUUUGGACAUACAAUGCAUCUGAUUCUGUACAAGUUGCUCCUGAUGGCUCUAGGUUAAAUCAGUAUGAUCUGCUGGGCCAAUCAAUUGGGAAGGAGACAAUUAAAUCCAGUACAGGUGAAUAUACCGUAAUGACAGCUCAUUUCCACUUGAAAAGAAAAAUUGGGUAUUUUGUGAUUCAGACAUAUCUGCCUUGCAUCAUGACUGUCAUUCUCUCCCAAGUGUCAUUCUGGCUUAAUAGAGAAUCUGUGCCUGCAAGAACUGUGUUUGGAGUAACAACUGUUCUAACAAUGACAACUCUAAGCAUCAGUGCUCGGAAUUCUCUCCCCAAAGUGGCUUAUGCAACUGCCAUGGACUGGUUUAUUGCUGUUUGUUAUGCAUUUGUGUUCUCUGCCUUAAUUGAAUUUGCAACUGUAAAUUACUUCACCAAAAGAGGAUGGGCUUGGGAUGGAAAGAGUGUAGUAAAUGACAAGUCCCCUUCAAUAAAAGCUGAAGGCAUUACAUUAAUAUACAACUCAGUGAAGGCAAUUCUUCAAGGAGCUAAGCUAAUAUGGUCCAAGUAUAUAGCUUUCUCAUGGCCCAGUUUAAUCCAAGGAAAGAAUUUAGAGUACUUAGAGAAGUGGAUGGACUGUAUAACCUUCAAACAAUCUUCUAAAAAAGAAAAAGCCUCUGUCAUGAUACAGAACAAUGCUUAUGCAGUGGCAGUUGCCAAUUAUGCCCCGAAUCUUUCAAAAGACCCAGUUCUCUCUACCAUCUCCAAGAGUGCAACCACGCCAGAACCCAACAAGAAGCCAGAAAACAAGCCAGCUGAAGCCAAGAAAACCUUCAACAGUGUGAGCAAAAUUGACAGAAUGUCUAGAAUAGUUUUCCCAGUUUUGUUUGGUACAUUUAAUUUAGUUUACUGGGCUACAUACUUAAACAGAGAACCUGUAUUAGGGGUCAGUCCUUGA